AUGGAAGUAGAUCGGGACAUGUACCGCCAAUUUCAGGACUGGUGUCUCAGGACAUAUGGGGAUUCGGGAAAGACAAAGACCGUGACUCGUAAAAAAUACGAAAGAAUUGUCCAGCUCCUGAAUGGAUCUGAGUCCAACUCAUCAGACAAUGCAAAGUUCAAAUUUUGGGUAAAAUCUAAAGGAUUCCAGCUCGGGGUUCCAGAAGACAACAGUGAAGAAAAACAAGUGCUCUAUGUUCCAGUGAAAACAACGGAUGGUGCUGGAAUGGACGAAAAAGUGUCCUUGAGGCAAGUUGCUGUGGUGGAGGAUUUCUUUGACAUAAUUUACUCCAUGCAUGUUGAGCAUGGAGCCAAUGGGGAGAAAAUACGCAAACACGCAGGGCAGAAAAGAACAUACAAAGCGAUUUCAGAGACCUAUGCAUUUCUACCACGAGAGGCAGUUACACGGUUUUUGAUGAAUUGUUCUGAAUGCCAGAAGAGAAUGCAUUUGAGCCAAGAUGGUGGGGAACAUAAAGAGAAUGGAAAGCCACCUACGUUAGUCACCAGCAUAAUUGACUACAACAUGCCAAUUACCAUGGCCUACAUGAAGCACAUGAAGCUGCAGCUAUUGAAUUCCCAUAAUGAUGAGGACAGCUCUCUGGAUAGUCAUGAAUUUGACAUGAGUGACUCUACCAGGAUGUCAGCGAUGAACUCUGACCUGAGCUCCAACAUGGAGGAUAGGAUGAACAGUCCGCAGAACCUGCAGUUGCAUAAGGAUGAUGACUCCGCGGUGGACACGGUCACUGGCAGUGAAAGUGUGACUUGUAUCCCAGCAAUGGCAAAAGCAGACCAGUGUCAGGAACAUCCCAACAACCACUGCAGAGCAACCAUGGACCGGGACGAGCAGCCGUUGAGUCCCCAUAACUGCCCCUUAGUGGCCACAUGCCAUACAGAUGGCCAUAUUGUCAAUGGAAGCAGAAAAUACAAGGUUAUUUCUGUUGACAGCCAGGAGAUUAAGAUAACGGAAAAUGCCAAGUCUCCCACACACAGCCACUCUAGCUAUGACUUUGAGAAGGAUGAGAUCGGAGGAAUGCUGCCACCAUCUCUCAGCCAAAGAGUAGAUGAUGAUGACUGUGACCAUGACAACCAAGAUGACUGUGAUAAAUCCAUGGAUGCUGAGGGCCUGCAGGCAGAACAGCUUAAAAUCUUCAAUCCACAGUCAGUUCCUUCAAAUCCAUCCUCUGUGGCUGCAGAAAACAUCCUGGUUAGUGCCUGUGAGAGUGAAAGCAGGAAUGCAACCAAGAAGAUGCGCCUACAGGGACCACAGGAUCAAGAGUUUUCUAAUGAAAAACAGUGUACAGAAGAAAAAGCCCCGGCUGAUACUGCUACACAGGAGGUGCUGUAUAUCAAUGGUAAUGGAACCUACUGUUGCCAUAGUUACACCGGGUUAGGGGGAGGACCAAUGAACCUCACUGAAGCUGCUUGCAGUGGCCCCACAGAUCUCAGCAUGAAGAAACAAUUGACACCCAGCACUGGUUCAUCCAGCAAUGGCAGCCUUCAGCCCCAACUCAACUCCAGUGAAAUUAGCACUGUCAGGCAGCUCAUAGCUGGUUACCGGGAAUCUGCAGCCUUCCUGCUCCGCUCAGCCGAUGAACUUGAGAGUCUCAUAUUACAGCAAAACUGA